AUGCUUUCCCUUGCUGAGUGCUCUUCGCUUAUCCCAAUCAUUUCUCGUCGUGCAGCUUUAGCCAGAGGCUCUACAAGGAUGUUGUCUGAUAAAGUCUCUGACGCUUACAGGACCACAAUAAAGACACCGUCUGAAACGACAACGGCAGAUGGAAGUCAGCAUGGUUCGCUGCCGGAAUACGAUAAGAAAGUGAGGUCUGAGAGGCUGCAUAGCGCAGAUGAAAUGAGCGGUGUGCGUCCAAC